GAGAGAGAGAGAGAGAGAGAGUGUGUGUGUUCAGAGUAUAAAGUCAGAUAAGUUUUGCCUGCUCUCAUUUUUUGCUGAUAGUUGAAACGAAACACGGCAAACCAGAAACAUGAAGGCCUACCUGCUGUUGCUGCUGCUGCUGCCUCUCUGCUCAGCUAAAAAGUUUAACAUUGAGUGCUAUGGCCAGGACUUCGUGUGGGUCAACAACAUGCUGCUGCAGUGCUCCAGUGAUGUGGAACAGGCCUGCUACACAAGAGAUAAUGGAGAAAAGGGCUGUACUGAGCUGCAUAACUGCUCACAUGCAGGCUGGAACUGCUGCUACACCGACCGCUGCAACCAGUGAGCCAACCACGGCGGAGGAUUCACUGAAAUUCACAAAACAAAUGAUCUGAAUAAAAAGUUGAGACAGA